AUGGACAAUGCCACAUGGCUGGAAAACCACACUGAAAGCUCUGACUUCAUUCUAGUGGGACUCUUCGGUCAAACCAAACACCCAGCUCUCCUUUGUGUGGUCAUUUUGGUGAUUUUCCUGAUGGCGCUGUCUGGAAAUGCCAUCCUGAUCCUUCUGAUACACUCCGAUGCCCACCUCCACACACCCAUGUACUUUUUCAUCAGCCAGUUGUCUCUCAUGGACGUGAUGUACAUUUCUGUCACUGUGCCCAAGAUGCUCACAGACCAGGUCAUGGGUGUGAAUAAGAUCUCAGUCCCAGAGUGUGGGAUACAGAUGUUCCUCUAUGUGACUCUAGCAGGAUCAGAAUUUUUCCUUCUAGCUGCCAUGGCCUAUGACCGGUACGUGGCCAUCUGCCAUCCUCUCCGCUACUCUGUCCUCAUGAACCACAGGGUGUGUCUCCUCCUGGCAUCUGGCUGCUGGUUCUUGGGCUCACUGGACGGCCUCAUGCUCACUCCCAUCACCAUGGCCUUCCCUGUCUGCAGAUCCCGGGAGAUUCGUCACUUCUUCUGUGAGGUCCCUGCCAUAAUGAAGCUCUCCUGCUCUGACACCUCACUCUAUGAGAUUCUCCUCUAUCUGUGUUGUGUCCUCAUGCUCCUCAUCCCGGUGGCUGUCAUUUCAGGCUCUUAUUACUUCAUCAUCCUCACCGUCCAUCGGAUGAAGUCAGCAGAGGGUCGGAAGAAGGCGUUUGCCACCUGUUGCUCCCACAUGACUGUGGUCUUCCUGUUCUACGGGGCCGCCAUCUACACCUACAUGCUCCCCAGAUCCUACCACACCCCGGAGAAGGACAUGGUGGUGUCUUUCUUUUACACCGUACUCACUCCUGUGCUAAACCCUUUGGUUUAUAGUCUUAGGAACAAAGAUGUCACAGGAGCUCUGAAGAAAGUGUUGAAUAUGCACCCUGUCUUUCAAGAAAGUAUAAAGUAG